GAUUUAGCUUGCGAAAUUUUAAAAUGUUUAUUAGUCUUGUCAGAAUUGCAAAAUCAGUGCCCGUUUCAGAGUCUGUAAAUCGCGCAUCGUGUUCGUUCGCCCCCAUAGUGGACUUUGUUUUUAAAGACAACAAACGUCGAAGUGUGGCUUUAAAAAUACUAUACGCUUAUGCAGAUUAGUGCGGUUUAUUCCUCCGGCUCACAUAUUGUGCAGCAAGGUUUAGAAAAAGUUCAUAUCAUCUUAAAUUCGUUGGGCGUUGCUCAACAUAUACCAGAAUCGAUGAUAGCUGCCGUUACCGGUUUAUCGGGUUGUGGUCCUGCAUUUGUUUACACAAUUAUUGAGGCUUUAGCCGAUGGUGCUGUGAAAAAUGGUGUUCCCCGGCAAAAGGCUUUACUAAUAUUCUUUAUGCUUUAUUAUCGACUCAUUUCGUCGACACAUACGACAUAAUAUAUUUCAACAAUGAAUUCUUUUUACAUAUGAAUAGCAUAGCCAUGGAAAGGUAAUGGCAUUGUGAUCUGCCUUUGUAGCUAAUUCGGAGAAUGUAAAACAAUUAAGCCGACAUUUUCUAAGAUUUAUCUAUAUAUCCGAGUACUGACUUUGAGGGGUUUCUGCCAUUU